ACAUAGCCACAAUUUGGGGACAGUGCCUGCUUUGCCGAUAUGUAACAAUUAACAUGAAGUUUGGACAUGCCAAGGCAAAGCGAGAUGCUCCGUGAAUAACUCAUUUUCUCAAUCUGUCUUUAACAUGUGCCCAGUUGGCUUCUUACUGCAACACAAUGCAUUUGCAUGACAUGUCUGGUUUUCAUACAGGUGCAGAUGUUCAUACAUAAGCUAGUUCAAGAAAACUAAUAAUAGCCGUCGUCAGGAUACUUAUGCUUUGGUGAUGAACUAAGAAGACAUUGAACAUGCAAUCGGUGAGUAUGCAAGACAUGAGUAGACGAUUCUCUGUGAUACAAGCUAAUCAUUUUUAGGCAUCUGCUUUACAUUUCAAUGACCGCCCACUUCAAGACCAACAAAAACUCUCCCGCGGUACAAGUGCGUGGUAUUUGCGGUCAUUGGCUAAUCAUAUAUCUAUAUCAUAUAUCAUAUAAUCAUAUAUAUCUCUUUUUUUUUUUUCUGUCGUUCUGUGUUUUUGUACGAUGUGCAACAAAAGUGGGCUUGAAACAUUUUCCUUCGACUUUUAUUCGUACACGUAUUCCGCGUACAUCCACCACUUUCCUCUGGCUGCCGGGGGGCGAAGUGUAUUUUUGCGCGUGCGUUUCGAUGAUCCGGUCAGCGCUUUACGGUGGCCCGUUCUUUACGUGCACGUCCCGAUCGAGAUGGAAAACAAAAACAUACAAAUAAUUGGAGACGUGCACACAUGCAUAUGUCGUGAGACAAAAAACAUGGGAACGACAAAGGCAUGCGUCGUAGCUCACGGCGCAACGUCUCGUCUUGCUUGUCAGCCGAGACUGCGCGCGCGAACACGAUCGUUAUUCGUUCGCACGCGCGCGUGCAGCUGCAGCGAGACCUGGCGCGGUACGAACGCACGUACGUACUUACAUACGUACGUCAGAGCCCAGCAGCGGCGAUUAGUCGGGCGCGCGAGUGCCGGGGCGCCAGUCGGUCUCGCUGGGCAGCCGCAAAUAGAGUAUAAACAACUAUCGUUGUGCGACGCGCCACUCCGCUAUGAGCAAAUGUAACCUUGAGCUGUGUAUUCCGCAUUGUGUCAACAACGAGGCGCGUCGACCUACAAGUUGACGCAGUACUUCCGGCAGUUUUAUUCUUCGCGCCCCAAGCAGGUGAUCUUCCGAGUAGCGGCGAGUUAAAAAGCAGUAAUCGGAAUAGCGGUGUAGCCCAGUUCCGACGCUCAGCUGCAGACCUGCAGAGUAGAUCGACGCGCGCUUUCCUUCUUUUUCGAAGUAUGAAUCAUAAUUCGUCAGUCUGAGGAUAUAUAAUGAACGAAGCACCCAAGAACGUGUUCACGCGGAAACUGUCGGCCAAAGUCAUGAGGAAGCAUCUCAUUGUCUUUGAUUUUGAUCACACAAUCAUCGAUGCCAACAGUGAUGCGUACAUCCAGAAGCUAGCCCCGAAUGGCGAGCUACCUCCAGAAAUCAAGGAGCGCUACACUCCAAAUGGAUGGACUCCAUUCAUGCGUGCUGUGUUCCACUUCCUGUAUGACAGCCAUGUGCAGCCAGACGAUAUUUUAGAUUGCCUACUUGAGAUCAAGUUUGUGGAUGGCAUCAUUGAUCUGCUCAAGCAACUGCACAAGGCUGGUGGCUUUGAGGUGGUCAUUAUAUCAGACUCAAACUCUGUCUUCAUCGAGCACAUCAUGCAGGCCUCUGGAGUGCGGCCCCUGGUGCACGAAAUCUUCACCAACUACGCAGUUUUUGAUGCCAACGGCUGUCUUCAAAUCAGCGAGUACCACAUGCAGAACUGGUGCAAACUUAGUUCGGUGAACCUCUGCAAGGGCUCAAUCAUGGAGGAGUACCUGGAGCGACGGCGAAAGCAGGGCGUAAACUUUGACACGGUCUCAUACGUUGGCGAUGGCAACAAUGACCUCUGCCCAUGCCUACGGCUACGGCCCUGCGACCUCAUUUUUCCCCGUGCUGACUACCCACUUGCCAAGCAACUUGCCAAGGACCCCGAGCAGGCCAAGGCCAAGGUGCACCCUUGGAGGACAGGAUUGGACAUUGCGAAUGUCCUUCUCAAAAACUGUGUCGUCAACAAUGUGACUGAGUAGUAUGAAGCAGCAAGGAAGUACCAUUGCGCCGUCCUCUUCCCCUAUGCACUUACCUGUGUGUGUGCUUUGAAACAUUAACCCUUUUCUAUCAGCUGUCAUUCCUGUUCCCGAAUUUUUACUGUGCCUGUUUAGAGUCGCUGCUUUGGCCAAGCAGUGUUAAGGAGGUUAGUUACGCAAAAGGGAGGAAGUACCAAAGAUAACUUCCUUCGUGCACAUAAAUGCCGAGGCAUGUUACAUGCAUCGCAGGUCAUGAGAGAUUCGUAGUUGGGGCACAGCUUUACAUAGCAGUGAGCAAAGCUGGGCCCACUUGUGGGCAGUAACUAAAUUUUAGCUCAUGAUAAACAGUCAUGAUUAGGGAGACAUUUUCACUGUUCCUGCAACAAAAUCUUAAGGUUAAGUGUGUCUGACGUGUACAUUAACAAGCUUACUUCAGUAAUUCUUUGUAAAAAUGUACAUUGCCCUGAAAAUGUUUGGUCAAUCAACUACUUAUGCCACUAAUAGUGUGGCUGGCAGACUGUUUUGCCCACUUCAGAACAAAAGCAGCACAUUGCAUGUGUCAAAAUUUUUGCACAUGACAUUACUAUGUGACGCACAUUAGUUUGAUAAAAGCCAUCAAACAGGCUAUGAGCAUGUCUUAUUUUGUAGUAAACCUAAUUAACCAGCAGUCAGAUAUUUGUAAACCUUUGCGCAGCCAUGUUCAUUUAUUUGAAGGAGUCUUAAGUCCUUUAGAGACAAGGUAGUAGCAUAGUGCUUUACCUCGACAAAAUCAUCGUCCACUGCAUUACUCUCUUGGUGUUCGCUGCAGUGCGCAAUGGCCACCUUGAUUUCGUGAUUUUUCUUGCGUGCUGUAUCCAACAUGUUCAAUGGCUAUGUCAGUCUGCAUAAAUUUGGACCUAUGCAAGGGUUCAAAAUUGCACUUAACAGUUUGUGUUAUUUAUCACCAUCAACAUGCCCAUGGCAACUAGUUUGAGCAUCUGUGCCAUGGCGUCGUAUCUCUCCUCAAAAUGAUCGCACAGAGUGUGCGAGUAAUGCUGUUUAGUGUUUUGAUCAAGUGCGUGUUACGUCUAAACAGUCUCUGCUGGAAAUGUCAUUUUCAGUUUUAGGGGGAUGAGCAGUCUCAUCGUGAAUUCCCCUGGUCGUUUCGGUGGAGCUACCAUAGUACUCAAGUAAGCGCUGAAAUCACUUCGAUUUUGCUAAUCUAAAUUUCUCAUUGGAGCUCCACACUGCGUUUGAGUGUAAUUUGUUACCUGUAACCGACGCAAAUGACUGCGACUUGCAAUACCAUCCCUGCAGUGCGGCCAGAGAGCUAUUUCAGUCAGGUUAAGUUGUGGCAGGUGAGCCUUAAAUCAAUAAACAGUAUUUUCCACCACAGACAAAUAAAGGUGCUCCAGAUUGACCAGUGGAAUUCUGUGUUGGCGGGUGCAAGGAAGUACAGCGCGUUUUCUAACUUCUAAAUUCAAAAUGUUGGUAGGACCUUCUUUCUUGCUGCUCAAGUCUUAGCUGAGGGCUCGGUGCAAGUCGGAGAAUUUCGUGCAAGGAAUGCUACUCAAGGGAGAGAGGCCCAAGAACCAUUGGCGCUCUUGCUCGCGCUGUGUUUUUGGCGGCCCCUUCCUGCUCGGUACCUGUGGUUUGGAUGACACUUUGAAUGAAAGUGCUUGUGUGUGUGAGUGUAAGAAUCCUGGGCUGUUUCUACUCCCAGUGGUGAAGAAGGUUGCCUUACAGGCACUUGUUUGCUAACAGCGUUUUCUUUUUUAAAAGAUUUGUGUGUUUAUCUUUCAGAUCUGGGACAAUCCCUGUGACUGGUCAAGUAGCCUGCCCCCUCAUUUUAGGAGUGCUGCACUAACAAAAUAGCUAAACCCUUUAAGUGUGUCACGUUGUAUGUCAUGAACUCAUUCUGUUUGUGAGAAGCAAAAUUCGAAGGGGAAAGGGGGGAUUUUUAGUUGAGCUUGAACAAAAUGGCCUUUUACAAGUUUGCUUCCAAAGAUCUACACUUUUUUUUCCUAACCUAUGCACAUUUGUGAAAAUGCCGCUCACAUGUCAGCGUUUUUGCAAUGUUGAAGGCAUGUAGUGAGUAUGUGUAAGAAGCAUGUAUUUUGGGAUGGUGCACAUUUGUGCAUUUCGUUGCCAACAGUGGCAGGUCUGGUUUGAACUGUAUGUGGUAUGUGGUUUGGAUGUGACGACUUGCUGCAGCUGAUCAUUGCAGAAGCAUGUAAGAAAAGGAAAGGCAGGAGGCAUUGAGGAUACAUCAUUCUGUAUAAUGCCUAUUCGCUUCCAACAUAUUCCUGCAAUCAGAUAUAGCUGCACUGGUCGUGUCACUGCCAGAUGCACAUGAUUGGAAAAACGUUUGUAGGCUUGAUUGUGCAUUGGUUCAGCAAAAAUGUACGCCAAAGAAGAGCUUGUUGAUGAUCUCUUUAUCUAGUUUAGCCUGAACAAUCUACCUCCUUCUGCAACCAGUUGUUGCAGAGGGAGAGAGAAUAAUGCUAGGUCAUGUGAAUUACCAUAGUUGUGAGUUUAUGGUUGGCAAAUCCAACACAAGUUUGUCAAAGGAGCUUGUCACGGCAGGGUUGGCAUAUAGUAUUGCUUAGGCUUGUCUUUCGAGCAGCUAUCUUUUUAUACAAGUUUGUUUUAGAAGCUUAUGUAUGAAAUCGAGUUGGUGGUGUUAACACUUAUUGUAUGUGCAUAUUGCUUGACGUAUGCACCCUGCCUAUUCAUGUCUGUUCAGAAUGCAAGUGAGAAAAUAAAAACAUUCCUUUACAAA